AUGAUGAAUGAAGAACCAUAUUUCAAUGAACCGGGAUAUUCAAAUGAACAUUCUCCGGGUGACUCUAAGCGUUACAAUGAAAUUAUCAGACACGAGACUCUGCGAUGUGCUGUCUGCGACGUCUUGGAACGAAAACUCUACAUUCCUGAUGAUCUUUAUGUUUUUGCUGUAGAGGCUUUUGAAGAUUCCUACCGAAAAUUCGAAAGUUCAUGUGAAGCGAAUUUAAGUUCCUCCGGUCAGGAGAUGCGGGAUCCAUUUGGAGGGCGACGUGGUAUCUUUCAAUACCAAAGUAUUCUGCAACGUCUUCGGGCUUUGAAGACAUCGUUAGAUACGUAA